UAUAGGUAGGAUGACCAACAGGUUCUGUUGAUGUAUGUAUGACCCAUACUUGAAUGAACUGAGCAUGACGUCUUCGUCUUUCGUCAGUUUGGUGACACAACUUCUCAAGCAUGGGCGCCGAAACGAGCAGUCUGGAGUCCAUACAGGAACUCAGAAAAACUACGUCAUUCGACGAGGAUGAACUGAUCGCGUUCUACAAAGAGUUCAAGGACGAUUACCCAGAGGGCAAGGUCAACAUGGCCGAGUUCAAAACACUCUUCACGAAAUUCUUCCCGCUUGGAGAUGCCGAGAAAUAUUCCGAGCAUGUCUACAGGUCGUUCGACGGGAAUCGGGACGGUGCCAUUGACUUCAAGGAGUUUGUCAUUGGGUUGAGUAUCCUGACCCGCGGUGACCUUGAGAGGAAGAUGAGAUGGGCAUUUGACCUCUAUGACCUUGACGGGAAUGGUUUCAUCUCCAUCACAGAAGCGGAAGAAAUUAUAAAUACUGUUUACAAAAUGAUGAGCUCGAUCGUGAAGAUCCGAAAGUCUUCUACCUGUGUGGCAGUCGAGAUGUUUGAAAAAUACGACACUAACCAGGAUGGUAGACUCUCUUUCGAUGAGUUCGUCCAGGGCAAUAGGAAAGACUCGACAUUCGUUAAGCUGUUACAGUGUGAACCCGGAACAGUAUGAAGAAACACUUCACUAUUGUAUUGAUUUCAUGCGGACUAUAGGGGCGUUUACACGGGACCAAACCAAUCUUAUUCGAUCCGGAUCGGCCCUAGAAUGAAAAAAUGAUUAUUUGCAUAGUAGAACUACCGGACUAUAUAGAUAAAUGGUAACUUCUUAGAUUUCACGCCGAUGUUUACCAAUUCUGCAAUUCUGAAAACCUUAUCAUUUUUUCAGUAUUUUAUUGGACGUUGAGAGUCAGAACAAAUAAUACUUCUGCGGAUAAUAAGAAUACCUUUUGAGACAAGACCACAAUUGAUUUUUUAAGCCUUUUAGCAGUUAAAUUGUCAAUGUUUGACCGCGACGCAUCAAAGAACGCGUCAAGUAGUGAAACUGAAAUUCGGAUAUGAUAUACGGG